AUGAGACCCGAUGCAUCAAAUGCUGAGAAGGGAGGGUUGGGAUUUGGGGCAAUGUCUAUGACAAGGCCGAGGCAGCUGCAGCUGCAUCUGCUGCAGCAAACCCACCGCAAAACCACCGUCUCCAAUACCACCUUCUCUCUUUUUCUCCUCUUCUUCUUAGCCAUCCCUGGAAAAUUCAUCACAUCCUCUGCUGCUGCUGCUGCUCCUCCAAAUCAUGAGUCUCUUGCUCUACUCUCUUGGCUCCACACCACCACCAAUACCUCUCUUUCUUCUUCUACAUCUCCUAUUCCUAGUUGGAAUCCUCUGGAUUCCAACCCAUGCAACUGGACUUACAUUACUUGCUCCCGAACCGGCUUCGUUACAUCAAUCAUCAUCCAAUCUGUUCCACUUGGACUCUCCUUCCCUUCCCAAUUCUCCUCCUUCACGUCCCUCCAGAUACUUGUAAUCUCCGGUGCCAACCUCACCGGGACUAUCCCAGAUGAUAUAGGAAGCUACGCCAGGCUCUCUGUUCUUGAUCUCAGCUCCAACAGUCUCGCAGGCUCCAUUCCUGCCACUGUCGGGAAGCUCAUGAACCUCGAGGUGCUGACUCUCAACUCCAACCAGCUCACCGGGAAGAUCCCACUGCAGCUAGGCAGCUGUCUCAAACUCAAGAGUCUGCAGCUGUUUGACAAUCGCCUUAGUGGGAACCUUCCCGCCGAGCUCGGGCAGUUGUCUGGUCUAGAAAUCCUCCGCGCUGGAGGGAACAAAGACAUUUCUGGGAAGAUUCCACCCGAGCUCUCAAAAUGCAGCAACCUCACCAUCUUGGGCCUCGCUGACACUAAGGUCUCUGGCUCCAUCCCUGCUUCUUUCGGGAACCUCAGCAAGCUUCAGACGCUGUCUGUCUACACAGCAAUGCUAUCUGGAGAAAUCCCGCGUGAGAUUGGAAACUGCUUAGAGCUCAUCAAUCUCUAUCUAUACGAGAAUUCACUAUCUGGGUCGCUGCCGCCUGAGCUGGGGAAGCUGCGGAAACUUGAAAAGAUGCUGCUGUGGCAGAACGAUUUAGUCGGGGCAAUCCCAGAGGAGAUUGGGAACUGCAGCAACUUAAAGAUGAUUGAUCUGUCUUUGAACUCACUCACUGGUAGCAUCCCUGAAUCUUUCGGACACCUCUCUGAGCUCCAAGGGCUGAUGCUGAGCAACAACAAUGUAUCUGGAUCGAUCCCUUCCGUCAUUGCAAACAUUACCCAUCUCUCCCAGCUGCAGCUUGACACCAACCAGAUAUCAGGGUUGAUCCCACCUGAGAUUGGAAUGCUUGGCGAGCUGACAGUGUUCUUUGCCUGGCAAAAUCAGCUUGAAGGGAGUAUUCCUUCAACUCUGGGAGAUUGCAGCAGCCUCCAAGCUCUCGAUCUCUCCCAUAACUCUCUUACUGGUAGCAUCCCACCGGGCCUGUUUCGACUCCAGAAUUUAACAAAGCUGCUGCUGCUUUCAAAUGACAUAUCAGGCUUGAUCCCGUCGGAAAUUCAAUAUGCUAAGUCUCUUGUCAGGCUCCGGCUUGGAAACAACAGGAUCGGCGGUGAGAUACCAAGCGAAGUUGGUGGACUUAAUAGCCUGACCUUCCUAGACCUGUCCGGAAACCGUCUGGCAGGACCCCUUCCCGAUGAGAUCGGGAACUGCACGCAGCUACAGAUGGUGAACCUCAGCAACAAUACACUCCGAGGAGCUCUGCCCGAGUCGCUCUCUUCACUAAUUGGACUUCAGGUUCUCGACCUUUCACAAAACCAAUUUGUGGGUCAGAUCCCAUCUUCUCUCAGGCAUUUAUCAUCUUUGAACAAGCUCAUUCUCAGUGAGAAUUCCUUCUCCGGAUCAAUCCCUGCAUCACUCGGCUUCUGCUCAAAUCUCCAACUGCUUGAUCUGAGCAGCAACGGGUUAUCAGGCAGCAUUCCAAUUGAAUUGUGUCGGAUUGAGUCACUCGACAUUGCACUCAACCUAAGUCAGAACUCUCUGGCGGGGCCCAUCCCAUCCCAGAUAUCCAAUCUCAACAAGCUGUCUGUUCUUGAUCUCUCCCACAACAAGUUCGCUGGGAAUCUGACACCGCUGGCCGGGCUGGAGAACCUCGUUGCUCUCAACAUCUCAUACAACAACUUCUCCGGUUAUCUUCCCGACACCAAACUGUUCCGGCAGUUACUGAUAACUGACUUAGCAGGUAACGAAGAGCUAUGUAAUUCUGGUGACAACUCUUGUUUUCUAAGUGAUGUUAUACAAGGGACAGCACAGGAGAAUAGCUCCAGCAGGAGGAGAUUACAGAAGUUGAAGUUGGGGAUUGCAUUGCUGAUUACUGUAACUGUCGCAAUGCUUCUUGCAAUGGUGGCAGUGAUCCGGGGGAGGAGAAUUCUAGGAAGGGAAGAGGAGGAUUCUGAGAUGGGCUCAGAAUCAUCAUGGCCGUGGGAAGUAACUCCUUUCCAGAAGCUAAGCUUCUCAGUGGAUCAAGUAGUGAGAUGCCUAGUUGACGCUAAUGUGAUUGGUAAGGGGUGUUCUGGCGUAGUCUAUCGCGCAGACAUGAACAACGGAGAGGUUAUCGCAGUGAAGAAGCUGUGGCCUACGACUAUGGGUACAAACAACCAUAAUGACAGUACAGUGCGUGACUCGUUCUCAGCAGAGGUGAAGACACUGGGGUCAAUCCGACACAAGAACAUAGUGAGGUUCUUGGGGUGUUGCUCAAAUCGGAACACAAGACUUCUAAUGUAUGAUUACAUGCCUAAUGGAAGCUUGGGAAGUCUAUUGCAUGAGAGAAGUGGGCUUUCGUUGGAAUGGGAUCUGAGGUACCAUAUAGUGUUGGGAGCAGCACAAGGUCUAGCAUAUCUUCACCAUGAUUGUGUGCCUCCGAUCGUUCACCGGGACAUCAAGGCGAACAACAUCCUUAUUGGGCUUGAUUUUGAGCCAUACAUUGCGGAUUUUGGGCUGGCUAAGCUCAUUGAUGAUGGAGAUUACGCAAGGUCAUCAAACACUGUUGCGGGCUCCUAUGGAUACAUCGCUCCUGAGUAUGGGUACAUGAUGAAGAUAACAGAGAAGAGUGAUGUCUACAGCUAUGGUGUUGUCGUCUUGGAAGUUUUAACAGGGAAGCAACCAAUUGAUCCAACAAUCCCUGACGGGCUACAUGUCGUGGACUGGGUGAGGCAUAGGAAAGGAGGCAUGGAGGUCCUUGAUCCGAGCUUACAUGGUCGCCCUGAAUCAGAAGUGGAGGAGAUGCUUCAGGCAUUGGGUGUAGCUCUACUUUGUGUCAACCCCACCCCUGAUGAAAGGCCAACGAUGAAGGAUGUGGCUGCGAUGCUCAAGGAGAUCCGGCAUGAGAGAGAAGAGUACGCCAAGGUGGAUGUGCUCCUCAAGGGAAGUCCGGCAAACUGCCAUGACAAAGGAGGUCCGGCAUCAUCAGCAUCAGUGUCAUGUCAACAGAGCAACAACACCAGUUUCUCUGCUUCCUCCUUGCUAUAUUCUUCUUCCUCUAAUAAUAAUGCCAAACCAGCCUUCAAGUAG